UGAUGAAAACUUUGGAUUUUUAGUUAAUAAUAUUGAAAUAAUUCCUUUGUUUGAUGUUCCACAUCUAAUCGAAGGAAUUAGGAACAAUUUAUUAACUAAAGAUCUCCAUUUUUUUCCAUGAAGGAAAAAAUAGAGUGGCCAAGUUGGCUCAUGUAGAGCAAUUUUAUUUUCUCGACUCAUCAGAGAUAUAUCGUAUCUGCCCUAAAUUAACUGACCAACAUUGCAUCAGAGGUAGAAUAAGAAAAAUGAAGGUAUCCUGCUGCACACAGGUUUUCAGUUAUCAAGUUGGGUCUCUAAUGAAGCGGAUUGCGUUAUGGAACAUUGAAGAUGAGAACAGAUUAACCCCAAAAAGUGUGGACACUGCAGAGCUGAUCCUUUUUAUGGACAAGAUGUUUGACAGUUUGAAUUCCAGCUGCAGGAUGGCCCCGGCAAGCAAGCCAUUGAAAGGAGGUGUGUCCAGAGGAUCACCCCACCAAGAUUUUUGGACGAGUGGACGAGCUAUCGACGAAUUCAAGUUGAUCGAAUCUACUGGAGCUGAUUUCGUUCAAAUUAUGGAACAGUAUGAUUUUCGAAUUUUUAAAGCUUAAGUGCAAUAGAUUUUGAAUUGUGAAUAUUCAGUUUGAAUUUGAAGGUUUAUGAGAAUUUGAAAAUGAGACAGUCAACCUGUAUACCUCAGCCUCGAAGUUGAAACAGAAAAUAAGGUAAGUUUAUGAUGAGACAUUGGUCCUUUUCAUAGAGUGUCUGCCAAUAACGGUCUGAUUCAAUAGUCUCCAAUAUAUAAAAAUUAUAUGCUCGAAAUGACUAUAAAUUCUGAUGAGUACCGAUAUUUCAGAUUCAAAAUUGUUCUAGCGCAGGUCUUGUCAGGUGGUUUGAUUUAAAAAAAAAACGGUUUUAGCUUGCAUUACAACGUUGAGAUGAAUGAAGGCUUCAAAUUCAUGACAUACGAAGGUCUUUUUCGGCACUUUCCAGAUCUUAUGGGACGAAGUACUGUGAUCAAAAUUUUCAGUCAGUCGAUUUUUAUGUUUAUCUCGAAGACUGUUUCUCUCUUUCAUAUGUGAAAGGUUUAUAUUUAUUUCAUCGUAGUGUAUCACAUGAAACUGGCUAGAGAUAUCAUCCAAGGA